AGCAUGCCGGCGGACAAGAAGUUCAUCAUGGUUAUCCCGCCGCCAAACGUCACCGGCUCCCUGCACCUUGGGCACGCCCUCACGGCGGCCGUCGAAGACACGCUCUGCAGGUGGCAUCGAAUGCUCGGCCACGCCACGCUCUACGUCCCGGGCACCGACCACGCGGGGAUCGCGACGCAGUCCGUGGUGGAGAAGAAGCUCAAGAAGGACGAGAACGUCACACGCCACGAGCUCGGGCGAGAAGAGUUCGUCGACCGCGUGUGGAAGUGGAAGGAUGAAUACGGCGGCAAGAUCACGACCCAGAUCCGAAAACUAGGGUCCUCGGUGGACUGGAGCCGGGAGGCCUUCACCAUGGACGCCAACCUCUCCCGCGCCGUUACGGAGGCGUUUUGCCGGUUCCACGAGUCUGGCCUCAUCUACCGCGACACCCGCCUGGGGAACUGGAGCUGCGCGCUCAAGUCGGCGAUCUCGGACAUCGAGGUUGACUACGUUGACCUGGAGGGCAAGACCUACAUGGCCGUCCCGGGGCACACCAAGAGGCCCAAGUACGAGUUCGGCACCAUGACCCACUUCGCCUACCGCGUGGAAGGGGGGGAGGAGGGGGAGGAGCUGGUCGUGGCCACCACUCGGCUGGAGACCAUGCUGGGAGACACGGUUUAA